AUGUUACUGCGCAAUUCGAACAGGACAAGAGGAAUGCCGGCCCAAUCAACCAACUGGAGAACAAAUCCGGAGAUGGGCUGGACUCGGACUUCGACGGCAUUCAAUCCUACACAUCCCUCCCCACGAGCUCUCUCUAAUGCCACGCCAACGGACCGCGUGUUUUACAUGCGCCUCAAUCAAGACGGUCUGCAGUCAGGGCCAGCCCUGUCAGCGGUGCAAGCUUUGAGCGCUCGGGGGCGAGCGACUGUCGAAAGGGACAGUCUUCUCGUAGGGCGCGCCAUCAGCGCUCCCGUCGAGGCUGCACGAACUGUUUACUUCGGUACGGACCUUUCUUCUUCUCCAGACGUGGAUUCGUUUGUCUUACAUGAGGAUAGACGGAAGAAAUGCGAUGAGAAGUCUCCCAUCUGCAACGAGUGUCGCCGACUCGGCCUUGUCAACUGCCAGUUGAGACAAUCGGCCUCCAACGCAUCGCCGGGCAUCUUGGUUGAACAGCAGGAGAAGAAGGAAGAGGCCUACCUCUCGCCUCAAUCCCCUCCAAGUGAAAUCAACAUCAACCAGGACCUAGAAAUCAAUGUGCAAGACUAUCUAGGUCAUAUUGCUCCAAUUGGCAUUAGCCCAGAACAGCAAGCCGAAUUUGACGCUACAGAGCGCCAUCUGUUGAUUCACUAUGCCCAAUACGUCUCCCGAGCGUUUGUUGUCGUCAACGACGACGAAAACCCAUUCUUGAACGAAGUGUUGCAACUAGCAAAAGAAUCAAAGCCGGUUCGCCAUGCAAUGCUCGCGUUGACUGCCUGUCAUCUUUGCAAAGUAUAUCCAAUGUUCGAGGAUACACUAAUUCUCCAGCAUAGUCUGGCGUUGCACUAUUUGAAGCUAGACCUGGAGUCGGGCGAUGGAAUUACAUGCGCAUUGGUUAUAUCUCUACUCCUUUGUCUAUUUUGUAUCUGCCGCGGAGACUCUCCGAAAUGGAUUCUUCAUCUCUACGGCGCCAAGGCUCUGAUUGACCUGCAUCAGGAUGUUUCUACAGCCCCAUCAAAUUUUGCCUUGGACCUUUAUGCAAUCAUAUGCUGCAAAACGAGGAUUACCUGUGAUAGGGUUCCUGUUGUAUCAUCAUCAUCAUCAUCAUUUACUUCAAGUAGGACUGAAUUCAUGGCGGCGGGCAUUCAUCCCUUGUUCGGCCUUGCUAGCUGUCUAUACGAGAAGCUCGAUUUGAUAAGCCAGCUUCCUUUAAAGCGAAGCCAAAUGCUCCCGGAUUGUGUGAAUUUCACUUUGGAAACUCGAAGUAUUGAAAAAUACCUCACAGAGUGGUCUGUACCGACGAACGUCAGGCAUCAGAAUACACAGUUGAUUAGUGAUACAGCCAUGGCAGCAGAGGCAAUUCGCUGGGCGGCACUAAUACGACUCUAUCAAAUUAUGGUUGAGGAGACGGAGCAGGAAAAGGAAGAUAUUGAGGAGAAGAAACAGAUCGCUGUUGACAACCUUCUGAAUGCGAUUUCUUCCAUUCCUCCUGGGUCGCCCGCAGACAGCCAGCUCCUCCUGCCUCUCUUCAUGGCCGGGCUGGUCACUCCACGGAAAAGCGAGCGGCUGCAGAUUGAAUAUCGACUCAGCAUAGUCGAAAACAUUGUGGUCCUGGGCAACAUUUCUUGCGCGCAUCAACUUCUUGAUCUGGUUUGGGAGCGGUAUUACAACGGAGAAGUCGAUUGGCAAGCUUUGCUGCGAGUAGAGUAUCCCCAUGUAUUGCUAUUUUGA